CUGUGGUUUUUUUCCUUAAAUAAUCACUCCUACGGUUCACGAGGUUUCAACAGUUUUUGUCUGAAGGGACUGAAGAGAAAAGUUUGUCAGGCUUGUUUUUUUUCCUUUUCCUCCUAUUGCAGUUGUAGUUCUGUCCAUAUACACUAGAGGACGCUCACACUUACCGUGUAAACACCAUGAGUCUGGUGUUUUGGAGGAAACCGUCUCCGUUCUGAAGGUCGUCACCGGGGCAGUUUGAGGAGAAAGAACAUGAUACACAGAUCCAGUUUUGGUCUCGGAGUAAACGAAUCCCCGAGUUUCCUCACGACUCGGUGUUCUGACAGUAAACAUGAGGAACUGAAGAAUUUUGUUUGUUUGUUUGUUUAUGUUUUAAGGCCUGAUCUCAUCCCAGACGAGACGAGUUCUUAAUGUUUCCUGACUGCGACUGUUAAGUCAUUGUUGUUGUUUUUUUAAUCAGCUCUUUGUGAGUCUCAGGUCCCACCCCUUCCUCUCUCUAAUGUUGGGCUCUUAGUUCCACCCCUUCUUAUCACGAAUGUUGGGCUCUUAGUCCCACCCUCUUUCUCUCUAAUGUUGAGUUCUUAGUCCCGCCCCCUUUCUGUCUAAUGUUGGGCUCUUAGUCCCGCCCCUUCUUAUCUCAGAUGUUGGGCUCUUAGUCCUGCCCCCUUUCUCUCUAAUGUUGGGCUCUUAGUCCCGCCCCUUCUUAUCUCAAAUGUUGGACUGGUAGUCCCGCCACUUCUUAUCUCGAAUGUUGGGCUCUUAGUCCCGCCCCUUCUUAUCUUUAAUGUUGGGCUCUUAGUCCCGGCCUUUAUCUCAAAUGUUGGGUUCUUAGUCCCGCCCUCUUUCUAUCUAAUGUUGGGCACUUAGCCCCACCCCUUCUUAUCUCGAAUGUUGGGCUCUUAGUCCUGCCCCCUUUCUCUCUAAUGUUGGGCUUUUAGUCCCGCCCCUUCUUAUCUCAAAUGUUGGGCUGGUAGUCCCGCCGCUUCUUAUCUCGAAUGUUGGGCUCUUAGUCCCACCCCUUCUUAUCUUUAAUGUUGGGCUCUUAGUCCCGGCCUUUAUCUCGAAUGUUGGGUUCUUAGUCCCGCCCUCUUUCUAUCUAAUGUUGGGCACUUAGCCCCACCCCUUCUUAUCUCGAAUGUUGGGCUCUUAGUCCUGCCCCCUUUCUCUCUAAUGUUGGGCUCUUAGUCCCGCCCCUUCUUAUCUCAAAUGUUGGGCUGGUAGUCCCGCCACUUCUUAUCUCGAAUGUUGGGCUCUUAGUCCCGCCCCUUCUUAUCUUUAAUGUUGGGCUUUUAGUCCUGGCCUUUAUCUCAAAUGUUGGGUUCUUAGUCCUGCCCUCUUUCUAUCUAAUGUUGGUCUCUUAGUCCCGCCCCCUUUCUCUCUAAUGUUGGGCACUUGGUCCCACCCCUUCUUAUCUCGAAUGUUGGGCUCUUAGUCCCACCCCUUUCUCUCUCAUGUUGGGCUCUUAGUCCCACCCCUUUCUCUCUCAUGUUGGGCUCUUAGUCCCACCCCUUCUUAUCUCGAAUGUUGGGCUCUUAGUCCCGCCCCCCUUUCUCUCUUUGAAGUAGAGGUGAAGUGAACCCUGAGUGGGUAUGAAGCAGCUCAGUGUCUCAGCUCUCCUGCUCUGGGGGACGUUUCUGUCCAGUGCAGGACUGGUGGAGUCUGAAUACUUUCAGCUUUCAGGAUCUGAUGGCGUGUGUCAGUUUCAGUGCCCUGAUGGAUCUGAUGGCGUGUGUCAGUUUCAAUGCCCUGAUGGAGGAAUGCCCUUUCCCCGACCUGGUCACAACCCAUCACACAAUGGAUGCAGCACUCCGCUGUUUGGAUUUUAUUUUGAUAUCGGAAUCCCAUCGAUAACCAACUGCUGUAACCAACACGACCGCUGCUACGACACGUGUGGACAAAGAAAACUUGACUGCGAUAAACAGUUCCAGGUUUGCCUGAAGACCAUUUGUUGGAACCUUCUGAACGUGCUGGAGCUGGACCAGAGCGUGCAGGUGUGUGAAUCAAGGGUGAGUCUGAUCUUCGAUGCCGUCAUGCACCUUGGCUGUAGAUCCUACCUGGACAGCCAGAGAGCUGCGUGUAUCUGCUACAACAAAUACAGAACUGAGCUGUGAUCCGCCGUGUUUGGGCUCUGAGGAGCGUCUAAAGUGUCAAAGCUCUGUUCUGAAACUCCAUAAUUUAACACUUAUCAUCAUCAUUAAGCUAUUCAUAAGAUGAACAUGAUGUUUUCAAACACUAUGGACGACUCAAAUUGGAUUUAUACACAUAUACACUCACUGGCCAUUUUAAUAGGAACUUGUUGAUUCUAAGAUCCCUGUUCUUGGCUGCAGGAGUGGAACCCAGUGUGUUCUUCUGUCUGCUGUUUCAUGCUGAGAUGCUUUUCUGCUCACCACGGUUGUAAAGGGUGAUUAUAUGAGUUACUAUACCCUUCCUGGCAAAAAAAGAAAUCUUGAACCAAUCUGUCCAUUUUCCUCUGACCCUCUCUUAUCAACAAGGCGUUCGUUUCCACCCACAGAACUGUCGCUCACUCACUCAGUGUUUUUUGUUUUCCGCACCAUUCUGUGUAAACUCUAGAGACUGCUGUGUGUGAAAACCCCAGGAGAUCAGCAGCUUCUGAAAUACUCAAACCUUCACGCUCCAUCUGGAUCAAACCGACACCCAUACCACAGCGAAAGAAAGAAAGAAAGAAAGUCACACUUCACUGUGAGAUCACAAUGUUUCCCGUUCUGAUGUUUGAACAUUGUGAACAUUCACUGAAGCUCUCGAUUUGUAUCUGUGUGAAUUGAUGCAUCAAGCGAUCGGCUGAUUAGAGAACCGCAGAAAACAGCAGGUGGGUGGAGGGGUGUUCCUAAUAAAGUGGCCGGUGAGUGUAUUAAAGUGCCAUUCUACCAUUGGAUGUAUUCUUUGGCAUAAAAUACAAUAUAUUUUGACAACAUAUAUAAAUGGUAUCACUAGAUAGA